AUGGAAACUAUAUUUGGAAUACAUCAUGACACGGCUAGUUUAAGAGAAAAGAAUGAUAUAAUUCAAAAAUCUAAAAGUAAAGAUGUCAUUCUUGAUGGUGUUAAUGAAAAGAAUGAAAAGAAUAUUAUUAAAAAACCAUCAGUUGAUAAAUCUUUGGAUAAAUUCAAUAAUAAUAAUCCAACAACAACACUUCAAUCACUUUUACGAUUUGCUAAAUCACCAACUCUUUCUCCCCAUAGUACACCUCAUAGUACACCUCCAACAUCAAGACCUGCGAAGAUUCAAUAA